AUGGCCAACACAGUCCACGCCCCCCUGCUGGUCUUCAGCCGCCAGGGCGGCAUGCCUGCGCUGCUGUCGCACUUCAGGCCUGACUACCCCAUCUUCGCCAUGUGCGACAACCCAGAGGUCAUGCGCCACCUGGCGCUGUACCAUGGGGUGGUGCCCAUCUUCAUGGAGUUCCUUGAGAGCGCGGAGGACACCUUUGACCUCGCCCUCAAGGAGCUGGUGCGCCGCGGCUACCUGUCGCGCAACAGGCUGGUCGCCAUAGUGCAGAGCGGCAGGACGCCGAUCUGGCGGCGGCGCCACACGCACGGGAUACAGGUGCGGCGCGUGGAGAAGCGCCAUCUGCUGGACGACACCCACGACAGCGUCGACGAGCUGGCGUCGUGGGCGCUGCUGGAGCGCGAUAGCGACAGUCUGAAUGGCUCAAUUGACCAUAAAACGCUGGAUGAGCCGGCUUCUGCCCCUGCUCAGGCGCCAAUUAUCAGCGCUGAGGACCUGGUCUGGCGCUGCGCCGCGGAGCUCGCGCCCGACUUUGCGACCAUUGACCGCCGCGUCGCCCGCAACCUGCGGCGCUCCCAGGAGGCCUUCCGCCGCCAGCGCGUCGGCCCCCACCACUUCCAGGGCUCCACCGGCUACGGCCACGGCGACAUGGGGCGGGAGGCGCUCGACGCCGUGUUUGCCGAGAUCAUGGGGGCGGAGGCGGCGCUGGUGCGGAUCCAGUUUAUGAGCGGGACGCACGCGAUCGCCGCGGCGCUGUACGCGGCGCUGCGGCCGGGAGAUGAGAUGCUAGCCGUCGCCGGCAAGUGA